AUGCAAGGUUUAUUCGACGACGCAACGGAGCCAGAUCGUGAACUGAGAGAAGAAUCGUGGAACAGGUUUAAUGAUAAAUAUAAUAAGGAAACUCAUCUUUUUGCUGUGUUUUCAGGUUGCGGGAGAAAAUUGAGGCUUGCCAGAAAAUUAGAAGUGACACAGAAAACGUUCGAGAGUCACUCAAUGACUCUUCUCUGAUCGACACACUGCUCGCCUUCAACUUGGCUCGUUCUACUUUUCGAUAUCAAUUAAUGGGUUUUUCUCAGGACGCAGAAAUUCAACAUUAUGAAAUCCGGGUCCGUGUCCUGCGAAAAAAGAUUGAAGAAAUCAGCCGAUUAUACUUAUACAAAAAACGAUGUUUGAGAGACGCAAAUGAAGCAAUAUUUAAAAAGGUUCUUUUUUUCAAAAAAACUUUUUCAAAAAUUUUUUUUUCAGCAAGGGACUAUCGAAGAAGUUACAAAUUCAAAUGCUUUGCUCGAGCCGAGGUUGCAGGUUUUGACCAAAAAAAUUGAGCAAAAAGAGGUGAAAAACUUUGGAAAUUUACACAAAAAGUUUAUCAAAUUAUUCAGAAACUGUUUCAAGAUUUUAUUCGAACUGUGCAGAACUAGGAAAUCCUCAUUAAUGCAGGAAUUGGUCGAAUUGUUCGCAAUCGAGGUUUGUUCGGAGAUUUUUGUUUUCAAAAUCAGAAGUGAAAUAGUUAGACGGCGGGCCUGCAGCAAGAGGAACCUUUAAAACAAACCAAUGCAACUGUGUUCUGAUUGACACGAUCAGAGGAUACCAUCUGCCUUAUAUGCAGUCUAUCAUAGGUUGGUAGACAAUCAGAAAUCAGAUUCCUACUCAUAUUUCAGGACAUAUGGAAAUUGAAACACUCGCUGCGAUAAGUUACGCUUUACAAGUGUUUCACGUGUUGGCUCGCAUAAUGGACUACAACUUCCGCUACCCAAUCAUUGCCUUUGCUGGGAUCGCAAAAGUUGAACUUCCUGCAGAAAACAGAACGUUAGUUAUACUUUUUCGAACUUUGAAAUUUCAUUGGUUUUAGAAUUCCACUGUUGGGUUGGAAAAAACGAAUCGACAAGGAGAAGUUUGAGGAAGCCGUGAGCUUGAUCAGCAAAGACAUCACUCAGCUCCGCUCGGAUACCGGAUUCCCCACGCAAGUCAUCGACAAAACCUUGUACCUACUUUUCGAUUGGGUACGCGCCAUCAAUGGAGGGUUAGUCCUUUUUGAAUUUGUUCAUUUGCAUUUCAAACAUAAGUAAAUUUUUCAAUCGUUUCAUAAACGAAAUACCAGAAAGAACAAAUAUUAAAACAAACCUCAAAGAUAUCAACGAUCUAAGUUAAUUAUUUUUUUGAUCAAAAAAACGGGAAGCAAUCAAAGUUUCAAUUCGAAUUAUUUGGUCGCUGUAACUUGGAAUUAUUGAUUUUAUCCACUUAAAAAAACGUUCUCUUCAAAAAAAUCAGAGUAUUAGAAGAAAGCAGAAAAAUUUUUGUUUUGAGAACUCGUCCUGUUUGUCGAUGAAAAUAAGGUAAAUUCCUGUCACUAAAGGCAAAAAUUCAAACCUAUUUUCAACAGUGUAAUUUAUAAAAAAAUUUAAUAACAAAUAAAUAACAAGAAAAACAUUUAUAAAAAGACCCAAUAAGGUCCUAAAGAGGAAGUUUCGUAUGAUAAAAUGCUAAGUACGCAAACACCAUGACGACAGUAGCGAGAAAUUCCUUCUUGCCGCGGUGUGUUUUUUUGCUCUCUGUUUCUCUUAUUUUUUUCAACUUAUUUUUUUUAUCUUUUUUUCGUUUUUUUGCUUCUUAAAUCUUUUUUUAAGGUUGUUGAUUGAGAAAAAGUUUUUUUGGUAUUAAACUUAAAUAAACUGAUAUUUCUUGAGUUGGGAUCAAAAAAAUUGUGAUUAUGGCCAGUUUGAUAGUAAUUUUUUUGUAAAAAUUUACUGCAAUCAUAUAGUAUUAGUUCAAUGGACACGUUUUUUUGGGUGAGUCGCAUUGAAAUCGCAUUGAAGUUAGUUUCAGUUCUAGUACAGCUCAUAGUUUUGGAAACUUGAUUUAAUUCAGAAUCCAAAAGAUGACAGUUACAAUUUCGCACAGAAAAUCGGACAGAUGCCGUUUUUAAUGUAAUUAAUAAAUAUUCUGAAAGUUUAAACUUACUUUUUCUUUCCUUGAUACUUUUUGAAAAUCAAAAAUUAAAAACGGUUCAGUAAUUUUUGGUAGCAUUGUGCUUUUUUUCUUUUUGAGUAAUCAAACUAAUAUACAGGAAUUUCAGGAUUUUUGCUUGAAUUGAAAAUAUUUCCUUUUGCAAGCUAUAAACCUUUCUUCUCAACAAGUUUGCUUUCAAUAAAAUAAAAUUAUUUUGAAAAAUAGUGACUUCGAAGCAGCAUCAAUCUUUUUUUCGGUUUUUUUUUUACAGAUCGUUGAAAAUGACUCUCUCUUAGGUUUAUGAUUAUAUGGUUUCGAAAUGAAAUUCCGUGUUUUUUCAAAAUGAUUCUCAACUUCAUUUAUCUUUUUGUUUUGUGAACAUUUGAUUUCAGCCCGUAUCAUCGUAUGUAUCCGCGGCCUUCGGAGAGCAUCAGCAGCCCGGCUUCGCUCAUCACCGACGACGUUCAACACGUUUACGUCUCGGCGCCCGUUUCGCAUUUCGUUUGUGACUUCCGUCAGACUCCGAACGACGUUGAGGAGGCGCUGGAGUGCCCGUAUGAAGAGGAUUUCAAUUUUUCUAGCCUUUCAAAAAAGAAAAAUUCUGUGUAGCACUGCACAUCCAAUCUGAUUUUUUAAUCUUUUAAAAAGAGAGUUUUGUUUAUCUGUUUAUGUUGUUUAUUUGUUAUUAUUUUCGACUGUAAGUUGUCAUUAACCGUGGUUUUUUUUUAUUUGAAUUUGUCAAAUUGUUGUUAUUUACUCGGUUUCCUUGUAUCAGUCAUAUUUUUUUUAUAUUCGUGGCCUUUUAUUUUGUUAUACUUACACUUUAACGGUUAAUGCUGGAAAUGCCUUAUGAUGGAAAGUCUGUCAAAUAUCUUUUUCACUUGAUUUUUAACAAUAAUUGUUCUUCUUGUUUUGUUUUAUGUUAUUCGACGUGUUUUUAUUUUAUGUUUGUUUAAGUAUGGUCUAAAUCGUGUCAAAUAAAGCUGUACUAUCACCUGAAAUUAUACUUUUUUUUAUUUUUUUGAAUCGUCGGUUGAAUUUCGUUCGUUCUAUUUGAAGAGAAAAAAAGAGUAAAUAAAAAAAUGUUGAUUUGAGCAGGUGGAUGCCGAAUUGAAAGCACAAAUGAGUGACGAAUCGAAAAAGGCUCACCGACACUGAUGAGCGGCAGCUCGAGGAAAUGACUGAAGUUAAAUCUCCUAUUGUUAUCACCGAUGUUGAUGAUGAGGUUUACAAUUUUUUUCAUGUUAAUAAAACAGAAAAUGAGUUGAAUCAAAAAAAUAAAAAGUAAAUUAUUUUAGCCCCCUCUAGAGCCACGUUUCAAAUAUGAACGGAUGGAUGGAGAAAAAAAGCAAAAAGAGGUUUUUCAAGUUUUUUUGCUUCCCAAGGAACCUUUUUUUCAGUUGCUCCAAAAAAGAAAUACUCACAGCGAUGAGUCUUCACGACAAAAUUGUUAUCGUUGGAACGCAAAACGGUUCCAUCUGGGUCAUGGACCACCAAGGCUUCAGCAAUUUUGACAAUGUACCGGUACGUUUUGAAAUUUUAUCAGAUUGCUCUAUUAUACAAACUUUUCAGUUUCUUGAAAAAAAAAACUUGAAUAUUUUGUGCUUCAAAAUGUUUUUACUUCUGAUUGCCUAACAAAUGAUUUCCAUUUUUUUUUCAGGUUUUCCGUCCUCAUCGAUGCGCGGUUAGUCGUCUUUCGGUCGAGGCUACUGGUAGUUACAUUCUGAGUUGUGCUAAUGACUGCCGCGUUGUCGUAACUGGCAUUGGAACUGACGAACUCAAUUGUGUAGGUUUCAUGUCACUAAAAAAUUUGAUAAAUUACCCUUCAUUUUGAAAGAAAUGAAAUAAAUUUGAUUCCAGACGAUCAACGUGCAGUACAUGCCAAAGUGCAUCGUCAUGAGCCCCACUUUUUCUCGAAAAGACUGCACUCCGAGUUUUUUGGUCGGGGAGCGCAGCCUGAUCCUCUACGAAAAGAAGUUUCUUGGCUAUAAAUCCCAGGUCAGAAAUCAUGAGAAAGCAUCAAAAAUUCCAAUUUUCAGACGUUGUUUGAUGGUGGAGAACGUGAUGGCUUUAUAAUGUGUUGCUCUUGGGAAGGACGCUACAUUGCGUUCAGUAAUGACAGUGGCACUAGGAUUUUUAAUAGGUUUUUUGAAAGUUUUAUUUUCAUGAUUUUUCAGAUUUCAAUAUUGAAAAGAGGAACAAAAGUUGGUUAGGAAAACAUUUUAAUUCAAACACAAAAAGCUACUUUUUCUUUUUUAAUUUAAAUAUUUUCCUUUCAGGUUCACACGUAAAAUGCUGACUCGCGUGCCGCCGCAACACGACGUCGACCGUAUUCGCUCUUUUUGCGCCACUCCGCAACAUUGCUGGCUGCCGAACGAUUCGUUGGCCAUUGGAUGGGCAGAUACUGUAACUGUUGUUGCCGUGGUCAACGUCGACGGCGUGAGUGCAAUUUCAAUUACGAUUUUCUCUGUGUGACAACACUGAAAAAAUGUAGAAAUUUUUACUAAUCAGAUAUGUUUUAUUAUUUUGGUUUGAAUUGGCCCUCAUUAAUUGAAAUAGUAAUAACAAUCAUAAAAGUUCACACCUAAAAAUCAAGUUGGUAGGAUGAUCUCUCGAUUUUGCAGAAAUAUUUUAAUUUGAGAUAAAAAAUUGUUUGAUUUACUUGAUCAAAAUUUGAAGAGCCUUAAAUCUUGAUUAUCUUAGGUUAGCUGAGAGUUUGAUAAGCUCAUCUCGAAAAUUCAGCACUUUUUUUUAAGUUUGAACCUUAAUAUCUAUAUUAUUUUCAUGAAAAAGUGUUCUGACCAAAUUUUAAGAAAAGUAAAAUUGUUCCUAAAAAAAAUAUUUCCUUUUUUAGCAGUUUUAAAAAAUUGGAAAACAUUGAGAGUUGCUACAUGAAAAUGAUGAAUCUCAAAUGCUUCAGCAAGAACGAGGAGAAGUUCAUCGCAUGUGGCACCUUUCGCUUUUUGUCUCCGGCAUUUCCUACACCUUAGACGAAAGGAACAAUUGCAACGAAUUCUUCAUCGUUGGACUACGUUCGGAAAACGACGAAUUUGAUGACGCUGCGGUCAGUUUCGAAUCGCUUGAAAAAUAUAAAACAAAUUUUUUCCAGUCCACCAUGUCUUCUUGUACGGCGUGGACGUCUUCGGACAGUACGGUGCCGCCAGUUAUACAGACUUGUGUCUUGUCGCCUUUGAGUUUGAAGGAAUACGAAUUGCUCUCCGAAGACUAUCUGUCCAAGUUUGUCUUCUGUAUAGAAACAUUCUUAAAAGUUUUAUUUUCAGCAUGAAACUUCGCAAGCAUUUGUUUCCCAGCCACGUUCAAAUGCUUGGUAUACCUUCGUGCAACUCUUAUUUUAUCAUGGGUCCUUAUGACCUCGUUGUGGUUGGUUGGAAGCUGAUUUUAAUAUAACUGAACUAUGUUGAGGCUACGCCCUACGGUGCUUACGAUGGUGUCGCAUUCCGGUUGAAGUACAAAAUGUGGGAUCCAGCCUGGGAAAUGGCCAUGCGUCAUGUAAGUCAAAAAUCAUCGAGCAAAAUAUGAAUCAUUCAUUUUUAGGCGGAAGAGUUGGAGAAAACCAAUCUGAACACGAAGGCUGUCGGACGGCAAAUGAUCGAAGGUUUUUUGAAUAGCGAUCGACCCAAAGCCGCUGCAGCUCGUCUACCACAGGUCUGGAAACUUGAUAACAAAAAUAUUCAGCAAGAAUAAUGUCCAGGUUGCUGGCGAGAAAAGCUCGGAAUGGGAAUGGGCUGUUGACUUGUUCGAAAGACAUCGUCUUAGCACAAUGCUUGCUGAGGUUUUUCAGAAAGCAAGGUUACAGUUAAAUAGAUCAAGAAUUUUCAGGUUUUGCCGACUUCAAAUCCUCAACUACAACCUGAGUGUUACGAAAGUGUCCUGAACGCUGCGCUGUACAAUGACGCGAAAAUGUUCAAGAAGCUCGUUCAAGUCUGGAAUGGCGACUUGUACAGAACUGGUUAGUGUUUUACAAAAUGUUUCAAUACUUUUUUCAGGAAAGCAAAAUCAGUUUCUAGUUAAAUAAUUACUUUUAUAAAUUUUAAAAAGGUUUAAACUGUUUACUAAGCAUCAGGUCUGAAAUUUUAUUAAAAACUAUCCAAACAACUGUUUUCGAAAACUGAGUUUAGUUUCAAUCAACUUCAAUGAACUUUGCCUGAUUUCUUAUAAGAAAGAUUAUCGAAAAAUCUAUUUCAGGCCACCUUAUCGAUUUGACACAGUGGCGAAUCAAACAAGUCGUGUCUGAAACUUCUGGCGCCGAGUCUCGUGUCGAAGAAGCGUAUCUUUGCGAGGUUUGAUUUCAACUUUUUGAAACUUCAAAUAUAAGAAAUUUCAGGCUCUUGCUGCCCUGUACAUCUACGAAAGAAAGUACAGCCAAGCUUUGAAGAUUUACAUGUCAACCCGUGAUCCUCAAAUCUUCAGUAUCAUCGAUAAACAUCACCUUUUUCAACUGGUUUGUAGUACACGCGAAACUUCAAUAUAAAACUGGUUCAGGUGAAAGACGAAAUCACCGAGCUGAUGAAAAUCAAUUCGGACCGAGCACUGCGUCUAUUAUUGGAUAACGAGGACAGUGUUCCCGCGUCGUAUGUGAUGGACAAGAUUGCGAGACAACCCAAAGUUCAAAUGGCUUAUCUCACAAAGCUGCUUGCCCGCAACGAAGGUAGGUUAUUUAAUAAAUGGAGACUCCAAAAUAGCUUGAGUCCCUGAAAUGUGUAACUGUUCUGAAACAAGAACUCAAGCUUAAAAUUUGAAAAAGGUUUUAAGACACAGUGGGCCGAAAAUCCACGCUAUGCACAAAAUGACGUUAAAUAUCAUGAAAUUUUACCCCAAGGGCUUCUUCCUGCGCUAUGAGUCUUAUAAGAAACUAUUAUUAGAGCAAAUUUUUUUUGAAUUUUUUUUCGUACGGAUUGGGACAUGUCAUAUUUUCCCUAAUUCAGUCAGAUUUUAAUCACCUUUUGCCAGUAUUCCAUUUAGCAAUCAUUUUUAGGCAGUGAAUUCGCGGACAAGGCCGUUCAACUGUAUGCCGAGUACGAUCGCAAAAAACUCUUGCCAUUUUUGCGGAAGAACGAGCAUUACCACAUUAACCGCGCUCUUAGCAUUUGCAAACAAAAGAACUACGUCGAAGAGGUAACUUAGAAAUUUCGAAAGAAUGAAUGUUAAUGAUUCCAUUUCAGACCAUAUUGCUCUUGGAAAGAGGCGGUAAUCAUGUGGACGCGAUAAACCUGAUGGUAGCAACGUAUAAAAACAUCGAAAAGGCGGUCGAAUAUUGCAAGGGUACGCCGAGAAAUCAGGUCAAAGUAAAUAACUAGCUUUAGAGCAAGAAGAUCGUGAUCUUUGGAUGCAUCUGAUUGACGCGGUUGUCCGAACGCCUGAGCAUUUUGCCAAGCUUCUCAUUCAAGCCUCUGGCAGUUUGGAUCCUUUGAUUAUCAUUGAAAAGGUGAGUUACCCAAUUUAAAAUAUUAACUUGCUUCUUGGACUUCGAAAUAAUGAAUAAGUUGAUAUUUUUCUUUUGAUUUGCUCUAAAUUUUUUUAAGAUUGAUAAAAUUUGUUUUUAAAGUUUUAAGCUUUAUCUUAUAAACUCAAGCUCAUGUGGAUGAUAAUUCUUACAAAUUCAGAAUUUCGAAAAAAGAAAACUAUUUGAUCAACUUUUUUUCAGAUUCCCCUGGACACGGAGAUUCCAGACUUGCGAGAUUCGCUCUCACGCGUUCUUGUCGACUACGAAGCGCACGUUGGCCUGCAGAAAGGCUGCAAAGAAGCCAUGUUGGGGGACAAUCGCGUACUUUUGGACGGCUUUCUUGUCACCAACUCGGCCGCCGUUUACGUCCACGGCAACAAAGUUUGCCAUCUUUGCGGGUAUGAUUUUUUUUUUCAACACCUUAUUUCUCCAUUAAAAAUGACAUUUUUAGGGCUCCUGUUCUGAAAAUAGAUGAAAGAAUUCAAACGGGUCUCCGUAUGUUCCCUUGCGGACAUGUCUUUCACAAUUCUUGCAGCACAGAGGUAAUCAUUUUCAUGCAUUUUUUAGUUUGACGCUUUUUUGAAUUGGAAUCGAUGGGUAUUUCAUUAAACUCUUUUUUCAGGCGGAAAGAAGGAACUCGUCGAUGAAUGACGAAUGUAUUGCUUGCAGCGAGAAAACGCGCGAUUAA